AUGGUACCGAGAAAGCGAUUCUGCCCUAAAAUAACAGAAAAGGAUGUGGAGACGAUAAUGAAAUUGUGUCGUAGCACUGUACAAACGUUUAAAUCUAUCGGUGAUGUCUUUCUCUUUAACUUCAAUGGAAAGCACAGUAGUUUUUCUAUUGGUUAUGCUUUAUUGUUGGCGUUUAGAGAAUCUGACGGUAUUGAAAAUUUGAGAAAUCGAGUGGUCCUUAUUUAUUUGUUGUACAGAUCUGCUGAACUGGAUGGCGUAGCAACAAAGGGCGAUAUUCUUCAACAUCCUUUUCUCUCUUUUUUCCUAUCCAUUAUGGAAUAUGACAAACAUUCGAAGGAUAAUUCUGUAGAAGUCGAAAUGAUGGGCUGUCCAAAACUUGGAGCUCGUGAGAAAUACAUUACUGGUUGUUUAUUAACAGAAAUGUUGGACAAAAUUACCAAUCGUACUCCAGUCGACAUUACUAUGAUGAAAAUUCCAGAGCAGGAUUUUGAUGUAACGCAGCAUAUAACGGCGCUUAAAAAUCGACAAGCAAAGUAUCCUUCGGUUGCUUCUGUGACUGCUCCAGCUGUUAUCAGAAUAUUAAACGAAAGAAUGAAAAAUCAAGACAAGUUAAUUGGCGUCGAAUCACUGGCAUCUAUGUUGCUUCCCAAUUUGUUAACAAAUUCUUAUUUAUUUGAUAUUCUUCCUCCUUCAUUUCAUCGCGUCACACCUACAUUAAUGCCUCCUUCAGAUGACGAGUUUCUGUAUCCUUUCAUUUUGGAUCCGAUGUGGGUGGAAACGAGCGUUGAGAAACAGAAUGUACGAGCGUUAUCCAUCGUCUCUCGAGUUUGUAACCCAAUGAUUACUGUUCAUGAAAACCGGAUAAUAAGUGAGAAACCAGAAAAUGUUGAGUUGAAAACAUCUCCUGUUAGAAUUAAGGAAAUACGUUCUGAUUCUGUGGAUGCUUCUCAUAAGAUUGGCUCUUCAUUUCCCGGUAUUGUGACGCCUGUAUCAGACAAUAAAAAAUUGGUUGAGCCUUGCCGCACGUCUUCAGCGCUCUUAAUGUCAGGAAAAACUGAUGCCUUCAUCAGUGCUACUCUGGUAGAGCCAGAAACGGAUGCAACGCCUCCAACCUCCGAAUGUCAAACGGCUGUAUCAUCUUCAUCCGAAAAAAAACAACCGAUGACGUGUGAGGAGGCUACAGAACUGCUAAAAAAAUCUUUGGUGUCAAUCAUCGCAAGAACAGAAGCACAGAGAUUAGCUGAAGCUAUUGCGCAAGAUCCUUCGUUGGCCAAAUUUGUAGAUAUCCCCUUAACCAAGUUUGAUAAAUAUAUUGAUGAUAACCCGGCAAUUGCAGCAGCUAUUAUUGUAACCCGAAUCACCGAAAACUGCAGCGAAUUGCCUCAGUUUUUUCAAUUACUUGCUGGAAUGAAGAUCUCAGUACAAGCCAUGGAAGUAGUAAACAGAUUGUGUACCCAAGUUGAAUUUCCACAAGAAUAUCUCAACAGUUAUAUUGCAACAUGUGUACGUCGUUGUGAGGAACCAGAUCAGACACCGUUCAUGCAGUGCCGUCAAGUACGGGUGGUGUGCGUUUUUCUUUCAGCACUUAUUCGAAGUCGUACUUGGGAUGUUCGUCCGUUAUCAGUAGAGUUGCAAGCUUUUGUUCUGAAGUUUAAUCACGUACGUGAAGCAGCUUCUCUAUAUCAAGCUAUUUUAAUGGCACUUCAGCCAUCUGUAGAUUCGACGACAGAUUGUUCUGCUUCUUCCCAUGGUCUUUCAAAUAAAGUAUCCGGAAAUAUCGCGGUGAAUUUGACUCCUAAUAAUUCUGGUGAACUAAUUACUGUCGACAGAAGAGAUGGUCGUCGCAAUAACUGA